AUGGACAAAUUUGUUAUAAGAAAAUCAAUUACAAAGACAAGUUUAAAACUAAUUAUAACAGAGAAUUCAGAAGUUGCUGGAGUGUUGUGGCCUUUAGAUUGGUCUGCUGAACAAUGGGCACAAAAAAAAGAAAAACAUACAUGGCUUUUUUGUAAAAAUGGAUUAUUGGGAUGUAAAACUUGCUUUGAAGUUAGUUGCUUAAAAACAUUUAAGAGUCGAGACUUUGAAAUUUCUAAAGAAUGGUCGUCUUGUCAAAUUAGUGGAGGUACAAGUAUAGAUAGUAUUGAUACACAGUAUAAAAAACUAUAA